AUGAGGUUGAGCAGUUUGACGUUAGGAGACUCGGAGCGUAGGUCUUCUCCUGGCCAGCAGAGGGAGAUGCUGUCUGAUCUCCCCUCAGACAACGCAGGGACGGGUUUAGUCCAAAGAUGUGUGGUUGUGCAAAGAGACAAUCUGGGGUUUGGCUUCACCGUCUGUGGCGAGAGAAUCAAACUAGUGCAGAAUGUUCGGCCAGGUGGAGCGGCGGUCAAGGCUGGAGUUCAGGAAGGAGACCGAAUCAUGAAGGUCAAUGGUUCAUUGGUUUCGUCCAUGUCUCAUCAGGAAGUGGUGAAGAUGAUCAAAUUCUCGAAACCCCUCGCCUCAUUACAGGAGCGAAUAGAAAGUGCCAAACGAAGAGCCAGCCAAGUGCGAGUGAAGAUCCAGCAGGAUGUGGACGGCACUCGAACAGAAGCUGGCGCUAACUAUCUCACGGCUGGAGAAUGUCGGUUAUCGAUGGACUCCAGCGAAGGAGACGUCGAGGUGUGUGAGAGUCCCUUCUCCUCCCCCUGCACCUUCCUCAGGAGCCCUCUGCUCCGCCGGCAGGGGUCCGACACACACCCCUCAGACUCUGGAGGGAAGACGCAGAUCAUUGGGCCGGAGAAAGAAGAGGAGGAUGAUGGGUAUCCCAUCAGUGAGAUGGACGGGCCGUUUCAGGACAUGGAGCUGCUGAAGAGUCAGCCGGCUCACAUGACGGUGUUCCUGAGAUACGUGUUCAGCCAGCUCCUGGAUCCAAACCCUCUGUUUCUCUCGUGUGUGUGUGUGUGUGUGGAGGCGUACCUGGGCUCGAGCCCCAAAGAUGCCCGUUCGCUCGCCCCUCAGAUCUGCUCACACUUCCUGGCCCACGAUGCUCCUCUGAAGGUGAAAGUGCGAGAGGAGUUUCUGACAGAUAUAGAGAGUCGUCUGCACACGCAAGAGGACAUCCGAGGGCCGCUGUCUGAGCUCCAGCAGCAGGUGCUUCCAGAUAUUCAAGAGCAGCUUCAAGACUACAGGAGCAAGCAGACGAUGGGGCUGGGCUCUUUGUUCGGAGAGAGCGACCUGCAGCAGUUAUACGGAGACCCGGUGAAAGAGCGGCAGCUGCUGGACAAACAGGUGCUGGCGCUGUGGGACGUCCUUUCAAAACAUGAGGAGGACAGAAGCUCUCCGCUAGCAUCUGCGGUUCAUCUCUAUCUCAGACACUCGGGCAUUAAACUCAGAGACUCCAGAGUGUUUCCCGGCUUGAUGUCCGAGAAGGAAAAGUGGCUUCCGUUCUUUCCUAAAGCUAAGAAGCUGAGCAGCGCCAAACGAGAGAAGGAUGGAGACGACAAGAAACGAAAUCCCAUCCUGAAGUACAUCGGCAAACCCAGAAGCACGUCCCAGUCCACGUUCCACGUUCCUUUGUCCCCCACUGAAGUUCGUCCGGGCAGCGUGAGAAACAUCAUCCAGCAGUUUGAGAAUAAUUCAGACUCUGUUGAAGACGGUGAUAUCGAGGGACAGAGCUUGUCUUCCAGCAGCUUUGGAGAGGACAGCAUGGACAGUCCGGCUAUCUCGGUGCGUUUGGCUCGCAGCGAGUCUUUGAAGGCUCAGGGGGAGGGGCGUCGGCGAGGAGGCGGGGCGGGGGCGGAGUCUGUCCCUCGUUCCCAUAGCGAUGUGGACAUGGACAUCGAUGUGGGGCCAGGGCUGAGACGGUUACAUCACAGCGCCUCGUCCUCGGCAUCCAGCAGCUCGGCACAAUCGCUGGAGAACCCGACGCCGCCGCACACGCCUCGCUCUCAGCGCAGGCUGCUGGACGCUCUGUUACCGGAUGCUCCGGCUCUGGACGAGGACCUGAUCGACUCGCAGAACUGGCAGGAGACGGUGGAGCCACAUGUACUGACCUCACUCUCCUCACGAGAGAUCGACCGGCAGGCCGUCAUCUACGAGCUGUUCACCACGGAGGCGUCUCACCUGCGCACGCUGCGGGUUCUGGAUCAGGUGUUUUAUCAGAAGAUGCAGAGCGUCCUCAGUCCAGAAGAGCUGGCCUGCAUCUUCCUGAACCUGUCUCACGUCUACGAGCUACACGCGAGCCUAUGUGAGGCCAUGAAGAAGCGCAGGCAAUCGCCGAUCGUUCAGGGCAUCGGAGACAUCAUGCUGGCCAGAUUUGAGGGAGAUCCUGGAGAUCAGUUCGAGGAGCAGGUGUCUCAUCUGUGCAGUCAGCAGAGUCAAGCGCUGGAGCUCAUCAAGAGCAAACAGCGCAAAGACCCUCGCUUCGCUCACCUCAUCCAGGAGUGUGAGGCCAGUCCUCACUGCCGCAGGUUACAGCUGAAGGAUCUGCUGCUGGCUGAGAUGCAGCGCUUGACUAAAUACCCUCUGCUGCUGGACAACAUCAUCAAACACACAGAGACGGCGUCUCCUGACCUGCAGCUGCUUCAGAGAGCUCAGGCCCGUUGCCGCGGGAUACUGCAGGCUGUUAAUGAGGUCGUCAGGGAGACGGAGCACCGGCAUCGGCUCGGCCAAUACCAGCGCAGGCUGGACCUGACGCCUGUGGAGCGGCUGGCCAAUCCCGUCGCAGCGCAGUUCAAGAACCUGGAUCUCACCACUAAGAGGAUGAUCCACGAGGCGCCGCUCACCUGGAAAGUCAGCAAAGACAAAGCCAUCGAGGUGCAGGCGCUGCUGCUCUCAGAUCUGCUGGUGCUUCUGCAGAGGGGUGCAGACGAGCGGCUCGUCCUGCGCUGUCCGUCACGCUCGCUGGGCGGAGCUCCAGACCUCAAGACCCCCUUCUGCCCAAUCCUGCGCCUCGACUCCGCCCUCGUCCGCUCGGUCGCCACAGACAAUAAAGCGCUGUAUGUGAUCAGCACUUCAGAGAGUCAGAUCUAUGAGCUGGUGGCCGGGACAUCCUCGGAGAAGAUCACUUGGAAAGACCUGCUGGAAAAGACAAUCGCCGCAGUCACUCAAGCAGCGGGAUCGAGCAAACGUGGAUCACCAGCGCCGUCGUCUGAUGCACGCUCAUCUGCCAAUGCAUUAGAUGUGUCGGAGUCGUCCGUGUCUCUGGAGCGGGACUCUAGUGAAGAUGAAUGUGCUCUCACACCGAGCGACGGAUCAGACGUGCCCCGGCGCCAGAAUAAAGCCGCUGUCGCAGAAGCUGCUCUUCAGGACGUGGAAACCCUCCGUCAGCUGAUCUUCAGAGACCUGGAGGAUGGGUGGAGUCAAGAUUCAGAUGACAUGCCCACAAACGAGAUGGCCAAUGAAAGGAGUCCCUUCACAGACAGACCUGACCCCGCCCCCAGCGAGAGCCCCGGUCCGUGGGGGGAGGAGCCUGUCGAAGCUCCGCCCCUGGAGGUGCUGCAUUCACCUGUUCAGGUGGUGAGGAAAGUUGUGGGUGCGGGCUGUUCUCUUGCUGAUGACAUCACUGAUGAUGUCACCGCCGGCCAAUCCUCUCGGGACGGAGGACAUUGAAGCCGAUCACUACAAACUCCUAAAGAAAUUAAGAAAACCUCUUCCAGUGGAUAAAAUGUCAAGCGAUCUUGUCUACAAGCCUCCCACAGCGGUCCGAAUGCCGUCGCUGGACCGCGGAGCCGGAGACGGUAAACCAGCUCAGCCAGAAAUCCAGUCCACUGGUUUCUGACGGUUUACACUGGACCUACUGGAGGACUUUCAUCUCGCGCAAACACACGCUCUGCACUCUAUGAUGUAGCCCAUUCCCAGCAUGCCUUGCGCCCGGAAGCGCCAUCCAGGCUAAAUUAUGUGUCGAUCAGAAAUUCGUGACUUGGGACGGACGACCCUUCGGCCAGCGCUGAGAAAGAAAGGAGGAAAAAGAAAGUAGUUGCGCAUUCGAGAGAGAAAAUUUAAUGUUGUUGACGAAGAACGUAAUUGCGAUGCGCGAAGAACAGGAAGUGAAAAACGCAAGCGGAACGUGAACUAGCGCGGCUGAAGACAUGACUCUGUCCCGCGAAGGAAACCCAGCACGUCUGUUUCUCCUCCAUUCAGCUCGUCGGUAAACUCGCGAAUACAAACGGGCGACGUUUCGGCCGCGCAAAUCGUGAGCCGCGUCCGUUUACGGAUUGACAAAUUCAGGUUAUUUUGCACCGUGGAAAUAAACACGGUGGGCGAAUAAGGAUGUCUCACGAAUAUCGUUGUUCUUCCGUUAAUAUCGUAACUUGUAUUUCAUUGCGUAACACUAUGCGGAAAAACAAAAAGGAAGGAAAACGAAAAAAGGUGAAGAUUUGUGCUCAAUUAUCGAAUGAACGUUUGUUCGGUUUCUACGCACAGUCGAACACUAUCGCGCAGCUCGCAACUGGACUCCUGUUUAUAUAACGUACAGAAACAAAAAAGGGGCGUGUCUAUGAAUUCUGACAUCAUGUCAUGUGACCUGCAAGCCGACACAUUUGUAUUACGUGUGAAUACUGUGAACUUUUUGUCGCUCGCCGUUUGCGGUCGUUCAUUCGUAGCUCGACGGGUGCUUGAAACACAAACGAAGGGAUCGGGAACUCUAAUAAUAUAAAAAACGACGCAACUAUUACGUUUGAAACACAAGCGUCUUUAUAAGUACUCGUGCACCUAACCUGCCAAAGGAGGAUUGUUACCUCGCCUCCUUUUAAGUUUGUUUUGUUUCUUAUUUUGUAUUUUAGUAAUUGUUUUUUGCGAGUUUGUGUGUGACUGCAGAGCGUUUCUGUCGCGGAUUGAAUUCGGCGGCUUGUAUGGAUAACUACUGUUAACUCAGGUGGAGAAAUGUAGAGGGGAUUUCUCUCGUUAGCUUUAACUCCUUCUUGAUUUUGGUUUCUUGCCUCAUUCCUCCAUCUUCAGCGCUCAUUCAUACUCGU